GCCGAGAUUUUCCGCUAGCCGGACAUGUGGUAGCGAACGGCGAGGAGUUUAAGGGGUCUCAAGGCAAAAAGGUUGAGAGGUUUGCAGGACCUAGAGGAAUCCCAUAGGAUGAAGCUGAGUCUGACCAAGGUAGUUAAUGGCUGUCGCCUAGGAAAAAUAAAAAACCUAGGCAAAACGGGGGACCGCACCAUGGAUGUUCCAGGCUGCCUUCUGUACACCAAGACUGGCUCUGCUCCCCACCUGACCCCUCACACACUGCAUAAUAUCCAUAAGGUUCCUGCCAUGGCUCAGCUUACACUGUCAUCGCUGGCAGAACAUCAUGAAGUCUUGGCAGAAUAUAAGGAAGGAGUUGGAAAGUUUAUAGGCAUGCCGGAAUCGCUUUUAUACUGCUCCCUGCACGAUCCAGUCAGCCCCUGCCCAGCUGGUUAUGUAACAAACAAGUCUGUGUCUGUGUGGGGUGUUGGAGGACGAGUAGAAAUGACUGUUUCCAAGUUCAUGGCAAUUCAGCAGGCCCUUCAGCCCGACUGGUUCCAGUGCCUCUCAGAUGGAGAGGCAUCUUGUGCGGAAGCAACUUCCAUAAAAAGAGCCAGGAAGUCUGUUGACCGAUCGCUUCUCUUCCUGGAUAAUUGUCUGCGGCUACAGGAAGAGUCUGAGGCCCUUCAGAGAAGUACGAUCAUUGGAGUGAUUGAAGGUGGAGAUGUAAUGGAGGAGAGGCUGCGGUCAGCACGAGAGACAGCCAAGCGGCCCGUAGGAGGCUUCCUUCUGGAUGGCUUUCAAGGGGAUCCCAUGACCCUGGAGACUAGACUGCACUUACUGUCAUCAGUCACUGCAGAGCUGCCGGAGGACAAACCGAGGCUCAUCUGCAGUGUUAGCCGGCCAGAUGAGGUGCUCGAGUGUAUUGAGAGAGGAGUGGACUUAUUUGAGAGUUUUUUCCCUUAUCAAGUCACAGAGCGGGGCUGUGCCCUGACCUUCAGCUUUGAUUACCAGCCGAAUCCUGAGGAGACAUUGUUACAACAAAAUGGGACACAGGAAGAAAUAAAAUAUGUGCAUCAAACAAAGAAAAUUAAAACAACUGGUUGCAACCAGGAAAUGACAUCUUUUGAAAUUAAUCUGAAGGAAAAGAAGUACCAGGGGGACUUUGAGCCGCUCGUGAGAGGGUGUUCCUGUUACUGCUGUCAGAAUCAUACUCGUGCGUACAUCCACCAUCUGCUGGUGACCAACGAGCUGUUGGCUGGGGUCCUGCUUAUGAUGCACAACUUUGAACACUACUUUGGAUUUUUCCAUUCCAUCCGGGAAGCGCUAAAAAAUGACAGACUGGCACAGUUGAAAGAGCUCAUCCGCAGGCAGGCAUCUUGAGACCUGGCAUACACAGUUUGACUCUUCACCUUGACCCUGUACACUGUUGUAAUGUGGGAAGCAGAAAACAUGAAAUGAUCUUAGCUUUAAUCAUUUACGUUUGAGAAUAAGGUCUGCUCAAAUAAGGAACUUCUGUACCAAACUCUGCCCGUGUGAGGCUCUAGAGGUUUCUUCUAAAGACUUCAAUGACCUAGGUUGAUCAGAAAGAAUUGAACCUUUAAUAUUUCUAUGCUAAUUCUAAUAAAGCUUUGUUUAGUCAAAGACAAAAGCUUUAGAUGUGAAGGGACAGCCUUGAAGUGGGGGUGAUGAGAUUCUGAGGGUUUGCUGAGUUGGAUUGGAGCUUCAAGGGAGAGGAUUGGCCAUGAGCAGCAAGACCUCUGUGGACACGUGCCUGUUGACUGGAGAAGGAAUCUGGCUAAUUCAAGAGUUUUCUUUAUUUUAAUCCUUAUAUUCUCAGGGACCCCUUUUGGACAUUUCUGCCUUCCAAGCUGCCCUGGCAGUGCAAUUCAAUCAGAAAUGGCUCUUGUGACUUAACCAGGCUCGCAUCUCCAUGGAAUGUGGGGCUCUCACAUUGCUCCUGUGAUCACUUGGCCCAGGGCACACUCCUUCAUUUGACCACAUGGUCUAUUUGUGGCUUGUCUCCCUAGAGCCAGUGCAGUUGCCUGUUAGGAGCCGAAAGUUUGCUGAGCUGCUUUCCUCUGGUUGUACAGAUCCACUGUGGUCUGCCCUUCAGGCUCAUUAAUAGUUGAACCACAUACUAACUAGUCCCAUCACUGGGGCUACACAUUCCACGUGUUCUCUUGGCCAGAGCCCUGGCCUGGCAAUUAGAGGAUCAGGUUUCAGUUCUACUCAGCUGUGACACCUGGGCAACUCACUUAACCUCUCCAUAGCUGUUUCCUCCUGAAUAAGUGGGGACAGGCACAGUGGAUAGGACUGAAUGGACUUCUAAGAUUCCGUCUGGCUCUAAUAUUGGGAACAAAAAGUUUUAGAUUAGAAUCAUAGCCUUCCCUGUGUCCUUAUUUAUUAAUCAUUCUUGGCCAGAUAAAAAAAUGCAGUGGUGCCAGGAGUCAGGCAACAGUACAGAUAUUUGAGAGUCUAAAAAGAGAGUUGGCCUGUGGACUUUGAAGUGGUUGGUGAAUUGGCAUCAGCAGAUCUUAAGGCUGAGAAGACCCUCCAGAUCAUCUCUGAUUCUCUGAGAUUUUUCUGCUCUCACUAAAGCAGUGACAUUUUUCUUGUUGGUGUGACAGGUGAUUUUUAUUUGUACUUUUCUGUAAUUGUGAAGUUUUCUGUGAGAAUACACAUACAUGCACACAUACACACAUAGUUUUUGUGAAAGCAACAGAACCAAAAAGAUGCCUUUGUUUUGUUUGUAGGUGUAUGAAAUGUAUUUAUUUUACAUUCUUGUGCCGUAUUUUGCUGUUUGUUCAUUUUAGUGGGCAUUACUGAACAUUGUUUUUAAUUAUGUGGUUACUGUAUUUUUAUGUGUUGGGUGCCCAUUUACAUGGUUUUUUUAAAUUAAUGGUUUAGGAAUGUCCAUGAGUUCCAAAAUUCAUGAAUUCUGGAAUUCAUGGACAUUCUUAUAACCUCUCCUUCGUGACUGCCAAGGGUACUUAUGAAAUGCAGAGUUUCUGUUCUCAAGGAUCUGACUGUUUUAAAAUAAAAUCUAUUGGAUUGGUCUUUUUCAUAGGUUUAUAUUCCCAGUCAAUGCCAAAUCCAUUGUUGGAGGAGUGUUAAUAAGUAUCCCAGAGUCCAUAUAAAAUUUGUGAGUUUUAUUUAUGUUCAAAACACUGAAAAUUCUGCCCAACAUUGUCCAUUUUUCUGGGUCUUUUUCUUAUUAGCACAUUUGAAAAAAUGUGUCUUUAAUGUAAAUCAAUUAAAGUCAAU